UUCGUGCCCGCGCCGCGCAGCACCUCCAUGUUUCUCCGAGCCGGCCGGGCCGCGUUCUCUCCGCUUCUUCCGGCUCUUCGGCCCGCUGCUGUCGCCGCCAUGAGCACUGGCACCUUCGUCGUGUCGCAGCCGCUCAAUUACCGCGGCGGGGCCCGCGUGAAUCCGGCGGACGCCUCCGGCUCCGAGAAGACGUUCGAGCCCGCCACGGGGCGAGUGAUAGCUACUUUCUCAUGUUCUGGAGAAAAGGAAGUAAAUUUGGCUGUUCAGGAUGCAAAGGCCGCUUUUAAAAUAUGGAGUAAAAAAUCUGGCAUGGAGCGCUGUCGAAUUCUUUUGGAGGCUGCCAGAAUCAUAAGGGAACGGAAGGAUGAGAUUGCCACUUUGGAGACCAUCAACAACGGCAAGUCCAUCUUCGAGGCCCGCCUGGACAUUGACACCUCCUGGCAGUGUCUGGAGUACUAUGCAGGCUUGGCUGCAUCCAUGGCUGGUGAACAUGUCCAGCUCCCAGGAGGGUCCUUUGGCUACACCAGAAGAGAACCUCUUGGAGUAUGUGUGGGAAUAGGAGCCUGGAACUACCCCUUUCAGAUUGCCUGCUGGAAGUCGGCCCCGGCGUUAGCCUGUGGUAACGCCAUGAUCUUUAAACCAUCUCCCUUCACACCUGUUUCUGUGUUGCUGCUGGCUGAAAUCUACACUGAGGCUGGUGUGCCUCCUGGGCUCUUCAACGUGGUGCAGGGAGGGGCAGCCACAGGCCAGUUUCUGUGUCAGCAUCGAGAUGUGGCCAAAGUCUCCUUCACUGGAAGUGUGCCCACUGGCAUGAAGAUCAUGGAGAUGUCAGCUAAAGGAAUCAAACCUGUGACCUUGGAACUUGGAGGCAAAUCUCCCCUGAUCAUCUUCUCAGAUUGUGAUUUGCAGAAUGCUGUGAAGGGGGCACUGAUGGCCAACUUCCUCACACAAGGAGAGGUUUGUUGUAAUGGCACAAGGGUAUUUGUGCAAAAGGAAAUUCUUGACAAAUUUACAGCGGAAGUGGUGAAAAAGACUCAAAGUAUAAAAAUUGGAGAUCCCCUCCUGGAAGACACAAGGAUGGGUCCUCUGAUCAACCGACCACACCUGGAGCGAGUCCUUGGGUUUGUUAAAGUGGCAAAGGAGCAGGGUGCUAAAGUGUUAUGUGGUGGAGACCCAUAUGUACCUGAAGAUCCCAAAUUGAAGGAUGGCUUUUACAUGAGUCCCUGUGUGUUAACCAAUUGCAGAGAUGACAUGACCUGUGUAAAAGAAGAGAUCUUUGGACCAGUUAUGUCCAUUUUAUCAUUCGACACAGAAGCCGAGGUUCUGGAACGAGCUAAUGAUACCACUUUUGGAUUAGCCGCUGGUGUCUUCACUAGGGACAUCCAGCGUGCUCACAGGGUAGUGGCCGAGCUUCAGGCUGGGAUGUGCUUCAUUAACAACUACAACCUCAGUCCCGUGGAGUUGCCCUUUGGUGGAUAUAAGAAGUCAGGGUUUGGCAGAGAGAAUGGCCGUGUGACCAUUGAGUAUUACUCACAGCUCAAGACCGUGUGUGUGGAGAUGGGUGAUGUGGAGUCUGCUUUUUGAAGACAACUGGUCAGCAUGGCCAGGCUGUGGACUGUGGACCAUGAGAGGCCGUUGAGUUGCUUGCUGUUCUAAAUCCAGAUGUGUGGCCAUUCAGGAUAGGGGAGUGGCCAGUGUUAUUCUUCAGCUGCUAAUCAUCUUCCUAAUUGAAAAUGUGCACAAGUGCCUUUUAGAUAUUAAAUCAAGAACGUUGUGAUCUAUUCUGUGAGAGCAACAUGAUUCUGGAGAGCAGAUUGGGGCAGGAUUGCAUCGACAUAUAUCUGACUGUGGAUACUGUCCAUUUCCUAGCCGGCUUUAAAAAGUUUGUUCCUUUACAGGUUCCUGAUUGAGUCAGCACAGAUGAUUUCUGCUCCCUGAUAUUUUUAAGUGCUGGCCCCUUAUCACUCUCCCCUGACAGGAAGGGAGGGGAAUAGAUAAUGGAUGGGGUCAUGUGCUGUGUGAGUGAAUGUGAACUUGCUGGGCUAGCACCGUGUUUCCACCUAGUGCUGUCUCCAAUUCCUGAAGCAGAGUUUGCUCUCUGGGGUGGAAGAGUGACCACGUAAAGGUACACAUUGGUGGGUUAUUGUAGCAUACUGAAAUUAAAUCACACUGCUCAUCCUUUCAUGUCAUGUUUUGAAACUAAAUAUAUCUUAAGAUCAUAGUCUGACCAAGGAUAGGGCUGAAGUUACAAGUACAGGACAGAGGGUUUGAUCUUGUUUGCAAUGAGCACACAAGGGCAGGCGGCAGUUGCUAUAAUAAAACUUUUAAGGCCCAGGUAAGCUGCAGGCUCCCCACCCUCCGGAGCAGAGCUUGGCCUCGAAGGGCUGUCCGGUCGCCGUGGCCUUUGGGCUGUAGGGGCUUCAGGGCCUUUCAGCGGCCUCACUCUGCUGCUCCUUUCCAUUCAGGGGAGUAGUUUGCGUCUAGGAGCUAUACUAGUGAGGUUCUCUAGAGGAACAGAGCCAACCGAGUAAGUAGAUCAGUUAUGAGAAAUGUUGCAUGUGAUUAUGGAGUCUGAGAGGCCCCACAGUCAGCUGUCUGGACUCCCAGGGAAGCUGGAAAUGUAAAUCAGUCCGAGAGCGAGGGCCUGAGAGCCAGGGGAGAAGCUGGCUUAAGUCUGAAUUCCGAGUCCUGCGAUCCAGAAGCUCAGGUGUCCGACAGAAGGGUAAGAUGGAUGUCUCAGUACAAGCAGAGAGAGAGCUCACCCUUCUUUUGCCUUUUUGUUUCAGCCCUGAAUGAAUUGGAUGCUGCCUACCCGCAUUGGCUUUACUCAGUUCAAAUGCUAAUAACUUCUGCAAACAGUCUCAUAGAUGCACCCGGAAAUAAUGUUUUACUAGCUAUCUGGGCAUAUGUGUCCAGUGUACACUUGCUUAAAGUGUCAUGGUCAAAUGGUUAAAAUUAACCAUUAUAAUAGCUAAUUCUGUGGUCGUAGGUAAGGCAUGAUUCUUGUUAUAGGGCCUGUGUCUAAUUAUAUGUGAUAGGCAAAUCCUGUCCAUACAAAGGAUGAGAACACUUGAAUCUUCACAGAUAGUGCAGAUAGGACACUGAGCAAGCCACACAGUGUCUUAGGGGAUUCUGGUGUGACUUAGACACUGGGAGAAGACAAGUUUCUGGCAGUUCCUCAAGGAGAAAGCAGGAGAGAGAACAAACACGUGAGUGCCCUCUGUGUUGUGCUGUGUCCCUCUCAGUUAAUGCUACAGUGAGCACAAGAAGGUAUUAGCCCUGAUUUCUAGGUGAAGAAACAAUUUAUAUACAGAAGGUAGCCACAGGCCCUUUCUUUUCUCCCUUUGACCUUCACUCUGUGCACCCCUAGAUCUACCACUAGGGGUAGAUCAAAUGGGAUAAAGGUGACCAAGCCUUAGCAAUUAAAUGAGGCUGUGAAAAACCACCAAAAAAUUACUCAGCAGUGAGCCAUCUUUUCAAAGUAAAUCAGCUUUCAUCAUGCUCUUGCUUUAGAUGCUACUCUGGCUUUUAAUUGUGGCUGAACUUCUCACUGUUCUCUGAUGUCAGCCUCUCCUACUCUUCCCCACUCACUGCUCUGUGGGGCUUGUUCUUCCUCAGGAAUCCCACUUGGCUGUUUAUUAAACCUGAGCAUAUAUUCCCUCCAGGUCCUUGCCUUACAGGCUCCUUAAAGCUAGAUGCUAGAAGUGUUCCUCAGUGCUAGAGUAGCCACACAUGCCCCCUACCUGGUGUCCUAUUUAAUGUAUGUCAGAGCAUUGCUGAUCAUGUGUUCUCCAAUUAGAAUGUAAACUAAAACCCACAAAUGUCCUGUCCUGUUCUCCAUGUUUGCGCGAGCAGAUUAGCAGGCCUGACCUAGAACCUGGCUGCUCAGUGCAGGUCUUAGAGAUGCAGCCUGAGCUCAGACUCUACAUCCGAAUCUGUAUAUUAACAGGAGCCUCAGGUGAGUCUUAUGCAUUGUUUUGAAGGCAAAAGUUCUCAAUGUUGGCUGUGCAUCUAGAAUUACCCAGAGAAAGUUUUAAAAGUCCUGAGAUUCUAAUUUAACUGAACAGGUGUCUGGCCUGGACACCUGGAUUCUCAAAAGGUUCUGCCCUGGGAAUUUAAUGGGCAGCCAACGUGAGAACUGCUUUCCCACUGUGUUACUGAAGCACAGUAGCCACUUGCCAUAUAUAAUCACUCUAAUUAAAAACAAACAAGGGCCUCCUUGGUGGUGCAAGAGGUUAAUUCACAACACUAUGAAGCUAUCUGCAGCUAUUGCAGCAGAGUUUGAUCCCCAGCCAGGGAGGUGACCCACAGGGUGCAGCAGACCUCUUCUGUUUCACCCACUGCUCUCCUCAGCAAU